GUGGCUGUAGCGACAAUUCCCUCCCAUCCCCUUGGCUCCUAUCUCGCGCUAUCUGCUCGGUAAGAGUCCGGGGCGCUAGGACUGCACUGAUUGGAGGGGUCGGGACACAGUUGAUCACGUUUAUGCGUUUGGUUGGAAUGUUCCCCCUGCAAGAGGCACAGCCACGAAAGUGAGAGAAAGAAAGCAAGAUACGGUGGAACACAGCACUUCUUUAAGCUCCCCCAUACAACAUUUUCCAUGGGAAUUAUCUGUCGUUGCUACAGUUGUAUGUACAAGUUGCAACAAUAAAAAUAUUUGGCUUGUAAGACAGCUAAGUUUGGAGAACGGAUUUAAAAACGAAUAUUGCACGAGAAAGGUUUUUAUGGUACUGUGCUGCCUGAUCUUCACCGUCCACUGUUGGAAUGACAUCAAUCUGGACGCAGAUGAGAGCAACCAGUGCUGUUCCUUCUUCCUGGAUGUCUUCGGCUCCUUAAUGAGGUUUCUUCCGUCAUUGUUGAACUCCCUCUACACCCAACACCCCCCCACUCAAAGAGCAGGCCAUUCGCCCGUCUCGUCCUGUUGGACGGAGGAGAGCUUUGACACGGAUUGUGGACGAGAAGAACCAGUGAGAAGACAGCUUUAGUUUUUUAGCGCUCUCAUAAAGCUCCACCCCUUCCACCUUUGGGCGGGGCCUCGAUAACUCCCCUACAGACCAACCGUGUAACUCCAGUUUCUUAGCGGGAUGGCGGGAAUUCUGGCCCACGUCACCGUUCUAGGAGCCUGCUUCUUCCUUACACUCCGGGCAGAAGGCGGACAGGACCCGGACUACGUGCUCCAGGGCACAGGGGUGAAGCACAGUCCGGGCCCCUGGAGGGCCCCGGGGCCCGGGGAAGGCGGGACGCUGUCCCCCGAGGAUGCCCCGCGGUUCCUCAGCUGCUACUGCUCUGGCCACUGCCCCAAGGACGCCACCAACAGCACCUGCAGGACCAACGGGCAGUGCUUCGCCAUCAUAGAGGAGGACGAGCAGGGAGAGGCCGUCCUGAGCUUCGGCUGCGUGAAGUACGAAGGCUCCCACUUUCAGUGCAAGGAUUCUCCGCUCGCCCAGGCCAGACGGACGAUCCAGUGCUGCCAGACGGACUUCUGCAACCGGGACCUGCAGCCCGAGCUCCCCCCGGCCGUCACACGAGACCCGCUGUUCUCCAGCGCCCACUGGAUCGCCAUUUUGAUCUCGGUGACGGUCUGCUGCUGCACCCUCAUCGCCGUCAUGGUGGUCUGCUAUUACAGGUACAAGUGGCAGGCGGAGAGGCGGCGGUAUCAGCGGGAGCUGGUGCGGGACGAGGCCUUCAUCCCAGCAGGAGACUCACUGAAGGACCUGAUGAGCCAGUCGAGCACGGGCAGCGGGCUGGGCCUGCCCUUACUGGUGCAGCGCACCAUCGCCAAGCAGAUCCAGAUGGUGCGGCAGAUCGGGAAGGGCCGGUACGGCGAGGUGUGGCUGGGCCGCUGGCGGGGGGAGAAGGUGGCCGUCAAGGUGUUCUUCACCCGCGAGGAGGCCAGCUGGUUCCGCGAGACGGAGAUCUACCAGACCGUCCUCAUGAGACACGAGAACAUCCUGGGGUUCAUCGCGGCGGACAUCAAGAGCACAGGCGCCUUCACGCAGCUCUUCCUCAUCACGGACUACCACGAGAACGGCUCGCUGUACGACUACCUGCGCUGCACCACGCUGGACGGCCGCGGCCUGCUGCGGCUGGCCUACUCCGCCGCCUGCGGCCUCUGCCACCUGCACACCGAGAUCUACGGCACGCAGGGCAAGCCCGCCAUCGCCCACCGCGACCUCAAGAGCAAGAACGUCCUCCUCAAGAAGAACGGCGCCUGCUGCAUCGCCGACCUGGGGCUGGCCGUCAAAUUCAACAGUGAAACCAGCGAGGUGGAUGUCCCGCUCAGCUCGCGGGUGGGUACCAGGCGAUACAUGGCCCCAGAGGUGCUGGACGACAGCCUAAACAAGAACCAGUUCCAGGCGUACAUCAUGGCCGACAUCUACAGCUACAGCCUAAUCGUCUGGGAGAUGGCCCGCCGCUGCGUCACGGGAGGUAUAGCAGAGGAGUACCAGCUGCCGUACAGCGGCAUGGUGCCGGCAGACCCCUCCUUUGAGGAUAUGAGGGAAGUGGUUUGCGUGAAGGGCCUGAGGCCCACCCUGUCCAACCGCUGGAGCAGCGACGAGUGCCUCCGGGCUGUUCUGAAGCUGAUGUGCGAGUGCUGGACGCAGAGCCCCGCCUCCCGGCUCACCGCCCUGCGGGUGAAGAAAACCCUCGCCAAAAUGGUGGAGUCUCAGGACAUCAAGAUAUGAGGCGGGUCCGUUUCGCUCCCGGGCGGACAGAACUGCCAGCUCGGGGCGUGGUUUCUGAUGUCACGGCUACGAGGGAUCCAGGCUUCACCUCAAGGAAAGGGAAAAGGGAAAAAGGGGGGUGGGGAUGAGGGAGGUGGAGAGGGGCGGACCUGACUGUGGCGGCUCCUCCCACCCCCGUGUACGGCGCUGCCUCUGGCGCCCCCUGCUGGACAGCACUUUGUGGACCAUAUGUUAGACAGUCAGGCGCGUUGCCCCAUGGACCCAGAGUGCUGUCAGCACAGGCUCCCCCUCCCUUUUAUGAACUCACACUCUGAGGACCAGAGUGACAUCAGUGCUUUCUGUGAAAGCCGCAUGUUAAAUCAAGCAGGAGGAUGUAUGCACACACACACACACACACAGGAGGAACGCGGGAAACGAGUCGGAGAGAGGAGUCAUUCGAUCCCGAGUCUGGGCCUUUCGUUUGGCCUCGCAGUCGACCCCGUUGGGCGCUGUCGGCCCCUGGCAGCUAUGAGGAGUGGCGAUCUUUGGUCUCGUCAAAAUGACUCUCGCCGUGUGUCACAUUCACAUUCCACAGAGCUUCACCAGAAGUGAAAGAUAAUGGCUUCUCUAUGAAGACAACUGUCGGUGGCGGUGUGUCAAAAAAAAACAAUUCUGUUAAGUGUAAAGUUGCUGGGAGAAUAAGGUUGUGUGUGUGAGACCCGUCCUUGGCACAGGCCACAUUUGAGUAGGUAAAUGCUGUCACGCUGGUGUCUCAGUUUUACUGACGGUACAAUCAUUUGUUUAAAAACCAGCCCUUUCCUCCAGUCCUCAACACUUCCUUUGAUGAUUUUCCACGUGGUAACAGCAGGUUCCGCUUGUGCCAUACUCUAGAUAUGGAUGCUUUGUGUGCAGCCACACCCCUUCAUGAAUAUUUAAAAAGGCACCCGGAAGUCAAUCUGAUUGGUCCAGGCAGACUGUAGCGUGUAUAUAUGCAUGUAUGUAUGUCUGUACACACAUCACAUGAGCCCCGAUUACUGAUAAAAUCACACAGUGAAUAAUGCUGAAUGUGUGUCACAAACAAUAUAACAAUUUAAUUUAAUCAAGCGUGUAAUAAAAGAGGCAAAUACAAUGCAUAAUAUUUGCUACAUUUUAUUUAACAUUUUGAAUGUAAGCUCUGGGGGAAAAAUGUAACAAAAAGAGAAACCUGGGAGGAAGUUGUAUGAUUGUCUCACUGACUGUUAGGAGUGGCUGCAUUGCCUCACAUAGAUGGAAAACAUUUGAACUAAAAUCAAGAACAAGUUUUGCUUGAGCUCAUUUCUAUUUUCUCCAAGGUUGAAUUUUUUUUGUAGUAUGUUGGAAGGAGACAAUGUUUGAUUUGUUUCAGGAGUGAAUUGUCUACCUCCUCGCCCCCAUCUCAUUUUUACUGUUGGCACAAAAAAUCUUUAAAUUUAGCUUCACUGAGAAGACCCGUAGCCAUUUUGGCACACACAAAGAUUGCAAAUGCUUUUGUGUUAUUGGCUGGACCGCAACAGCAGGGCCAGCCCUACAAAGGCGAAUGUCUGUGACUGAGUGAGUGAGUGAUGAAGUUACACCAUUGGUCGGCCGGAUCACGUGUGUUAGGUCCAGCCAUACGCUAGGUUUUAACCUGGUCUUGUUUGUAGAAACCAGCAGAUGAAAAACAAUCCCUACAACUAUAAAUCAUGCAGAAUGUGCAUGUGUUGGAAACCAUGUCUGCAGUACGGUUUGCACCUGUUUUACAGUCAUUGUGUUGGUAAAUAAAUUUAGCUAUGUGUAGUGUAUAUUAAUGGACUCCCAAGCAGUAGUAGUAUGUUCUCUCCCUUUGUCUAUGUGUUAUAUAUAUGCAUAUAAGAAUAACCUCUAAACCUCUAUAACGUCUUUGUAUUUUGUACAGCAUCUGGUCCAAGUAAAAGGUGCCUUAAUAUGUUUACCAAGGGAAAAUGAAACAUUCAGUACACAGAUUAUGUCCAUUUUAUCAGUUUUUAAUUAAAUAAGCUUAUUUUAGUACAAAG